AUGGAGUCUAAAGGCUCCGACGAUGGUCCAGGUGACCUGGAGAAGCGGUUCAAACCGCUCGGGAAGCACCUUGGUGAGGGUACCUAUGGUACCGUAUCAAUGUUUCUGGACACCCUUACUGGGAAGAAUGUUGCCAUAAAGAAGGUCAAGAACAUCGAAUGGAAGGGAGAGCGGCAGGUGGUGGGUAUGGUGGGAAUCCACUUCACCACGCUCCGUGAGCUGAAGGUGAUGCGGGAGCUCCAUCACCCGAACCUGAUGGACGUGGUAGCCGUCUUCGUAUCGCAGGGGUUCAUCAACAUCGUGAUGAACCUGAUGGCAGGGGACCUGAAGAAGGUCAUUGAUUCCAGGGUGCGGUUGACCGUGCCGCAGCAGAAGUGCAUCAUGUGGCAAUUGCUGAAAGGCCUGGAGGAGUUGCACGCCAACUGCUUCGCGCACCGCGACCUGUCUCCGGCAAACGUAUUCAUCACUGACGGAGGGGUUUUGAAAAUCGCAGAUUUUGGCCUUGCCCGGAGGUGCGUGUACAGCCCGAUGGUCCCUCCCACCACCAAGCGCAUUAACCCGGCAGAGCUGGACAAGUACUGCGUCAGAGAGAAGAUGACGUACCGUGUGGUUACGCUUUGGUAUCGCAGUCCGGAACUCCUGCUUGGCGCCGAAGCGUACCACUUCGCCUGCGACCUGUGGUCUGUGGGCUGCAUCUUCGCCGAGGUGUUGGAUCAUAAGCCCUUGUUUCCGGGAACCAAUGAGAUCGACCAGAUCGGGCGCAUAUACAAGCUGCUUGGCACGCCGUCGGAAACGAACUGGCCCAAUGCCAUGAAACUCAAGCUGUAUACGCCUUUCUCCGUGGAGCAGCCUAAGCAGCUCGAUACGGUUAUAAAGGGGCACACUCCUGAAGCUCUUGACCUCCUGCAACGCUUGCUGAAACUCGACCCGAACGAACGCAUAACUGCCAAGGAGGUACGUCGCCAUGUGCAGGCAUUGGCACACGAGUACUUCACUACUCCGCCGCUGAUGUGUAAGCCCGAUCAGCUACCUUUCGACUUCGUUGCGGGGUACGUAUAA